GAGUGACGCAGCGGGGCGGGGCUGCGCGGGUGCAGGGUCUCGUCACUCGGGCAGGGUCCGGACGCGAUCGUCGCCGGCACCGGGAGCCGCUGCCCCGCCCCGCCGGGACCGCCGGUCUCCGGAGCUGGCCAGGAUGGCACAAUGGAACCAGCUGCAGCAGCUCGACACGCGGUACCUGGAGCAGCUCCACCAGCUCUACAGCGACAGCUUCCCCAUGGAGCUCCGGCAGUUCCUGGCCCCAUGGAUUGAGAGCCAGGACUGGGCGUACGCCGCCAGCAAGGAGUCCCACGCCACGCUGGUGUUCCACAACCUGCUGGGGGAGAUCGACCAGCAGUACAGCCGCUUCCUGCAGGAGUCCAACGUCCUCUACCAGCACAACCUGCGGCGCAUCAAGCAGUUCCUGCAGAGCAGGUACCUGGAGAAGCCGAUGGAGAUCGCCCGCAUCGUGGCUCGCUGCCUGUGGGAAGAGUCCCGGCUCCUCCAGACCGCGGCCACCGCAGCCCAGCAAGGGGGGCAGGCCACGCAUCCCACAGCAGCCGUGGUGACAGAAAAGCAGCAGAUGCUGGAGCAGCACCUGCAGGAUGUGAGGAAGAGGGUGCAGGAUCUGGAGCAGAAGAUGAAAGUGGUGGAAAAUCUCCAGGAUGACUUUGAUUUUAACUACAAGACUUUGAAAAGCCAAGGAGACAUGCAGGAUCUGAAUGGAAACAACCAGUCCGUGACGCGGCAGAAAAUGCAGCAGCUGGAGCAGAUGCUGACGGCGCUGGACCAGAUGCGAAGGGGCAUAGUGAGCGAGCUGGCUGGGCUGCUCUCAGCCAUGGAGUAUGUGCAGAAGAUGCUGGCAGACGAGGAGCUGGCAGACUGGAAGAGACGGCAGCAGAUCGCCUGCAUUGGCGGCCCCCCCAAUAUCUGCUUAGACCGGCUGGAGAACUGGAUAACCUCUCUUGCUGAAUCACAGCUACAGACCCGGCAGCAGAUCAAGAAGUUGGAAGAACUGCAGCAGAAAGUGUCCUACAAGGGUGACCCCAUUGUCCAGCACCGGCCCAUGCUGGAGGAGCGGAUCGUGGACCUGUUCAGGAACCUGAUGAAAAGCGCUUUCGUCGUGGAGAGGCAGCCCUGCAUGCCCAUGCACCCCGACCGGCCCCUGGUCAUCAAAACCGGGGUGCAGUUCACCACCAAAGUCAGGUUGUUGGUCAAGUUCCCAGAGCUGAACUAUCAGCUGAAAAUCAAAGUCUGCAUCGACAAGGACUCGGGGGACGUCGCAGCACUCCGGGGGUCCCGCAAGUUUAACAUCCUGGGCACAAACACCAAGGUCAUGAACAUGGAAGAGUCCAACAACGGCAGCCUCUCGGCUGAGUUCAAGCACCUGACCCUGCGGGAGCAGCGCUGCGGUAACGGAGGCCGAGCCAACUGCGAUGCCUCGCUCAUCGUCACUGAGGAGCUGCACCUCAUCACCUUCGAGACAGAGGUGUAUCACCAGGGGCUGAAGAUCGACCUGGAGACCCACUCGCUGCCUGUGGUGGUCAUCUCCAACAUCUGCCAGAUGCCCAACGCCUGGGCAUCCAUCCUGUGGUACAACAUGCUGACCAACAACCCCAAGAACGUGAACUUCUUCACGAAGCCCCCCAUCGGGACGUGGGACCAGGUGGCAGAGGUGCUGAGCUGGCAGUUCUCCUCCACCACCAAGCGUGGCCUCAGCAUCGAGCAGCUGACAACGCUGGCAGAGAAGCUUUUAGGCCCUGGUGUGAAUUACUCCGGUUGUCAGAUCACCUGGGCCAAGUUUUGCAAGGAGAACAUGGCUGGCAAAGGCUUCUCUUUCUGGGUCUGGCUGGACAACAUCAUUGACUUGGUGAAAAAGUACAUCCUGGCGCUGUGGAAUGAAGGGUACAUCAUGGGCUUCAUCAGCAAGGAGCGGGAACGGGCCAUCCUGAGCACCAAGCCCCCGGGAACCUUCCUGCUGCGGUUCAGCGAGAGCAGCAAGGAGGGAGGCAUCACCUUCACAUGGGUGGAGAAGGACAUCAGCGGGAAGACCCAGAUCCAGUCUGUGGAGCCUUACACCAAGCAGCAGCUGAACAACAUGUCAUUCGCGGAGAUCAUCAUGGGCUACAAAAUCAUGGAUGCCACCAACAUCCUGGUGUCCCCCCUGGUGUACCUGUACCCAGACAUCCCCAAGGAGGAGGCCUUUGGGAAGUACUGCCGCUCCGAGAGCCAGGAGCACUCUGAAGCUACUGACUCAGGUAGUGCUGCUCCGUAUCUGAAGACCAAGUUCAUCUGUGUCACCCCCACCUCCUUCAGCAACACCAUCGACCUGCCCAUGUCCCCGCGCACCCUGGACACGCUCAUGCAGUUCGGCAACACCAGCGAGGGAGCGGAGGCCAACACCGGGGGGCAGUUCGAGUCGCUGACCUUCGACAUGGAGCUGACCCCGGAAUGUGCCUCCUCACCCAUGUGAGGUGCUCGCCAGCGCCCGCGGGACCCCCGGGACUCGGCUCCUGUCCCCACAGAGCCCCCCCUGGUCUCGCUCACGGCUGCUCCAGCCCGUUCCUUGGGAGGAGCCGGGGCCAGGUCCUUGCCACAGACCCCUUGUGUGACCGGAGCGCUCAGCGGGCGGCCCCGCUCGUCUCCUGGGGGGGGAUGAACCUUUUUCUAUUUCCUUCCAUACCUGUUUUUUAUUCUUGUUUUGCUCAUUCAAGUGCCUAUUCGCCUCCGCCCGCAGCCUCACUUUGUACACACGCUUCUGCAGCCCCGGCCCUGCUCCCUGCUGCUGGAAGCUGCUCUCCUGCCCGCCACCGCCCAACAGCCCACGGACAUUUCAGGAGCCGGGUCCCCGCACUGGUUACCUGCCCCACAGCCCUCCCCAGCUCACAGGGACGUCUCUGCCCCCCUGGCCAGGAGGAGCAGCAGCGCACGGCUCAGAGCCGCUGCCUGUGGGCCCUGUGGGGUGAUGCUGUGGGGGCUUUGCCAGGAGCAGGGGGUUUUGGGGGCCUGUUCUUGCCACCAGCUCCCUGCCGCCAGCACGGAGCCCCGGCUGGGGCUGCCCUUUGCCUGCAGUGCAGAGGCUGCCGUGGGGCAGGGCUGUGUCCCAGCCACCAGUGCAUGCUUGUGAGCGUGCAGCGUUUGCAUCUUGGGUCUGUUUUGGGACCUGGGUAUAACCACAGAGGCUGCCCCGACCGCAGCUCGCCCCGUGGCCAGGCUGGAGCCGAGAGCAUGGCUGCACUUCCCUUGCUGCAUGGAGUUAGCCCCGUUGGACCCGGGUGGAGGACAGGAGAUGGCUGCUGGAGCCAGUGGGACCUGCAAUGGACGGCCUGACCCAGCUCUUCUCCUCGGGCAUGGCUGGUGCUGCCCCAGGCACUGGGUUUGCAGCUCCUGGGGGUUUGCAUGACAGUUGUGUUGGAGGUUUGGCUGUCGCUGCUAAGGUAGGAGGUGGCAAGAGUUGGAGGGAGCAGGAUGUACCUGGGGAGAGGAAUCCACUGUUGGCCAGCGCUCAGCGGCGACGUGGGUGCAGCACGGGGCCGGUUUCCUUGCUCGGGGGGGCGAGGGAAGGAAAAAGCUGCUGGCUCAUGUGGGUCCGUAGUUACCGAAAUGGGGGGGAGCCCUCCUGCCCUUUCCAAGUGAGGAAGGGGAGGGAAAGCUGCCCCCCCAAGCACGUUAAUGGUGUGAAUGGGGCUGUGGGUAACAGCGGCAGCGAUGGACCUCCGGGCCGGGAUGGGGCUGUGUGCGGGCAGGCUCGGUGCUCUGAGCGAAUGAUGCCGUGUGCCCCGUGCCCGUGUAGCUGCCUCCAGCAGCACCGAUACUGUACAAAGGUUUAUUUUUUGUAUAUUUUAUUGCUGUACCUACAGGCUGUAACUUUCUCCAGAAUAAAGGCUCUGAAGCUGGUGCUGGGCGCUGCGCCCGCAGCCUUGCCCCGCUCCGGGAACCGGGGCCUCCAUCAGCGCAGCGCCCGCCCUGA